AUGUCCUCCGGCCGGCGGCGCUUCUCCAUGAAACAACCCGCCCCGGACGUGGGCGGCGCCUGCCGGCGAGGAAAUCUCUCAUCUUUCCUAACCUCUCUCCGCCUGAAACCUCGCCGUCCCAACACUCCCCACUCACUCUCCUCCUCCUCCCUCUGGCCCUCCACCGCCACUUCCUCCACCAUGGCGAACUCCUCUUCCUUCUCCCUUUCCUCUCACGACGAGCAGGAGAAGAAGAAGAAGAAGAAGAAGAACAAGGAGCAGAGCUGCGAUAAGAGAAUUAGAAACAGGGGAAUGGGGAAUAUUCCCUGGUCUGCCGAGGCGGAGAGCGUACCGGUGGUGAAGGAAUCCUCCGAGCCUUACGCCGAUUUCAGAGAAUCAAUGGUCCAGAUGAUAGUGGAGAACGAUUUGUACGCAUGGGAUGAACUCAACGACCUCCUCCACCGUUUUCUCUCCUUAAACUCCCCCCGCCACCACAAUCUCAUCCUCCACGCCUUCGCUGAUCUCUGGUCCGGCGUCUUCUCCCCCCCUUCUCCAUGCCGCUGGGACAAUCACUAUUAGAAGUGCUUAACACACUGUUUCUAACUCUCCUUAUGAACUAUAAUGAGCUCGCUUAGAAAAAAAUCAGCUUUUUUUUGGUCUGUGAUGAGCUCCUAGUUAUAUAUAAGACGUAAUGAAUUAAAAAUCAGAGUUUGGUUAUCUGAUUAGUUAGGUGAUUAGUACUAGUGUAGAGGCUCUUAAUUGCUAAUUAAUUAGGUGACUUAACUGUAGUUAUAUGGUGAUUUGAUGGUUUGCUUUUGGUUGUAUGUGCUUUGGUGUAAAUUAAUGAGAUCAGAUCUGAUCUCAUGAUGAUGAUAUCUAAGCUUUUUAGAGUUUGUUGGUUAUUAUUACUUGUGUUAAU